AUGACAUGGAAAAGGCAAGCAAUUCAAUUCUUUAAACAAUACAACUCUUGCGUGUCUGUAAGUUUAAACAGCGCAUCUAAUGAACGCAUCUAUUUUUUUCAUGUCGAACUUGCCUUUUGCAGAUCUGGCACCACACUUUCUACAACGAACUCCGUGUAGCCCCUGAAGAACACCCAGUUCUCUUGACAGAAGCACCGUUGAAUCCUAAGGCAAACAGGGAGAAAAUGACACAGGUAAACGUACAUUCUGUCUUAAAAUCUUAGUAAACUCACAAUAGUAAUAAACGUUCCCUCCUAGUCUCCACAGUUUAGUCUGACGCCAGUUUGGCUUCCUGACAAUCCAGAUUUAAUGACCGAGAGCUAUACUUUUAUCUUUCAAUUCAAUCGAAAUAGUUCUCCUCUGGCCGCGCAAUCUGCUCACAGAGUGGAAAAACAAAAACCUCCUUUUAGCACGGCUCAUAAAAGGUUUUCGUGUGCCCCUACGGUUGUUGAUCCUUUCAAAUAUUUCUAAUAUGACAAAUUGAUAGCUUUUGUGAAAAAUCUUCCUUUUCCGUAGAAAUUGAUCUUAAUAGAGACCUUAAAAUCCGCGGACAGCGACGGCAGGGAAAAAGUCACAUAAAAAGGGCAAUUCGAGUUAUUUCAGUCUUCAUCGCGAUUAUUCCAACUCACUCACUUUGUCAAAUGUUGGCGAACUCUCCUUGGGUUGAAUUCCUGAUGAUCACAUCCAAGUUCAGAAAGAAAAUUUCGUCGUAGCUUGUUUACACCCUCUUUGACAUUCCCACGUCGUGGCCGCGCAGUGACGGCAAAUAAAUGUACAAAACAAAAAGUGUACUGCACGUGCAUACUUGUUGUUGUGCGUAUUGGACCUAUUUUUGACUUUCUCGCUGUCGCUGUCGUCGGAUUUUAAGGUUCCUUAACGGUUGUUCAUCAGCCCAUCAUUAUGGGCUCCUUAUUCGGCAUCUUUGCUUUAAUUGCUGCUUAGCCUGAUUCCUCUAUUGCCUGCGAAAACAGUCUUCUUUUCUCGCCCCACGCCUCUAGGAACGUUUCGCCCCUCCUGGCGAUCAAGAGCGAGGAGAGAAGGCUGUUUUCGAGGGCUAAACCUUUUUUCACUAGCGGUUUUAAUAUUUGUAAAACCAGUUAAGUGGCUUACCUCAUGGAAGAUAAGGCCACACUUUUUUCCUCAUUUUUUGGCAAAGCAUCAUUAGUUUAACUAAACUGAAUGACAAUGAUAUCUCUCUUUGUAUGCAGAUCAUGUUUGAAACAUUCAAUUGUCCAGCCAUGUAUGUUGCCAUUCAGGCCGUGUUGUCUUUGUACGCCUCUGGUCGUACCACUGGAAUUGUUCUUGACAGUGGUGAUGGUGUGAGCCACACUGUACCUAUCUAUGAGGGCUAUGCCUUACCCCAUGCCAUCCUUCGUCUGGAUUUAGCCGGCAGAGAUCUGACGGAUUACCUAAUGAAGAUUCUAACUGAACGUGGCUAUUCCUUUACCACUACCGCUGAGCGUGAAAUUGUCCGUGACAUUAAGGAAAAGCUGUGCUAUGUUGCUCUGGAUUUUGACCAGGAACUGCAAACUGCGGCAUCUAGUUCCAGCCUGGAGAAGAGCUAUGAGCUGCCUGACGGUCAGGUGAUUACCAUAGGCAACGAGAGAUUCCGCUGCCCCGAAGCCAUGUUCCAGCCCUCCUUCCUAGGUAUGGAAGCUUCUGGUAUUCAUGAAACAACCUACAACUCCAUCAUGAAGUGCGAUGUGGACAUCCGUAAGGAUCUGUAUGCCAACACUGUCCUCUCUGGUGGUUCAACCAUGUAUCCAGGUAUUGCAGACAGGAUGCAGAAGGAAAUCACAGCCUUAGCACCAUCUACCAUGAAGAUCAAGAUCAUUGCUCCACCAGAGCGCAAAUACUCAGUUUGGAUCGGAGGUUCCAUUCUGGCUUCACUGUCCACCUUCCAGCAGAUGUGGAUCUCCAAGCAGGAGUAUGAUGAAUCUGGUCCUGCCAUUGUACAUCGCAAGUGCUUCUAAAGAGCUUGAACUUUAGGAGUAAAAGUUGUUAUACUCUCUUCGUAAACGCAGUCAUGCAUUUGACGCUACUUUAAUUUGUUGACUUCUGGAGCCACAAGAGGUCAUAUUCAACUGGUUUUCAAUUUUGUUUCAGAAAACUGUAGAAAAGUUUGCAAACUUGGAUAACAACUUUCAAAAUACGUUGCAGCAUCUCUCGCUUCGUGACUAUCAAAAGUGAACUUAAACGAAUGUUACGAAAAGCUUUGCAUCGUUGUUUAUACUUCAGGUUUAGCAGUUAAAGAAGUUUCAAUAAAACUCGUUUCCUCUU